AGAUUUGAAGUCAGACUAACAGCUGACAGCGAUAGACAAGAAAGAGGUGGGAGAGAUAGCAGCAAGCUGAAAGAAGCAGCACUCUGUGGCCUGGAGCUUCCAGCAGACCAGAGUGGGACCAGGAACCAGCAGCUUUCUGUCCAACCAGCAACCUGGGGAUGUAAAAAGGAGAAAAACGGACUGUGGAUCCCCCUUCGGCUCCAUCCAGGUUCUUCAUGGCUGUGACCCAGGCUGGGCUCCCGUCCUUCAGCUCCUUCUCCAGCCUUAGUUACUCACGAGAGGAGAUGAAGGUGUGGAGGUCGGAGGACUCUCAAACUCUGGACUCAGCAAAACGCUCAGCUGGCAGCUCUGGUCAGGCUCAGCUCUGCCAGCAAAUGACAGAGGAGCUAGCCGAGGAUGAUAGCCAAGCAGCCUGGGACAUUGAGUUCCUACUGUCUGAAUGGAACACCUCUUCGCCUGAGCUCAACCCCCCUCUGAACUCUCUGCAGCUCACACAGGCCGAAGCGAACAUGGCCUUUGCAGAGAUGAGCCCGUUUAAGGAGCAGGCUGGGGUGGAGAGCUUGCAGGUGAACAGCGAGGGUCUCAGGGCCGAGCUCCUGAGCUCCUCUGGACCCCCAACUGUCCAUCCAGAGCUGUACCAGCAUGGCUAUGAGGACCAAGCAGGACAGACCACAUUUCCUGUGAUGCACAAUGUGAAUCCAUUUGACUUUCCUCAAGGAGGAGGUUUGCAGAGACCCAGCAGAGAAAGCUUCAGCAAGGUCACAUCAUGGGACUUCAACUCAUACUAUUCUCAGCAGCCCGUCUCCAUAGUAACCAUCCCUGACAACAGAUUCAUCCCACCACAAGCUGUGAACCCCGACCUUCAACACUAUGGCUACACCGCCCACUUUAAUCCCAACGCCGCCCUUUUCCGCGACUACGCCCACAGCCAGGCCUCUCUUCAUUUGCCCCAUCAGCAGCAGCCUUUGCUCGUCAGACCUCCACUGCCCCCCGGGGGUAUGGAGGGGAAGCGCGGCAGGCGAUCCACAGGGAAAAAGAGGCCUGCCAUCCACAGCUGUGAUUACCCAGGCUGCACCAAAACCUACACCAAGAGCUCCCAUCUGAAGGCUCACCUCCGCACACACACAGGGGAGAAGCCGUACCACUGUUCCUGGGAGGGCUGCAGCUGGAAGUUUGCUCGCUCGGAUGAACUGACGCGUCACUUCCGCAAACACACAGGGCAAAAACCCUACGAGUGUCUGCUGUGUCAGAGGGCCUUCUCCCGCUCAGACCACCUGGCUCUGCACAUGAAGAGACACACCUGAGGCUCCCAUGCAACAGGACUGAUCAGGACCAUCACUAGCUUUUAACCCUUGUGCUAUCCUAGCCACUUUAACAUUGGGAGUUGGGUCAUCUAGACCCACCAAACAGUGCACUGAACCUUUGUUCUUCAAUGAUUUGUGAUCUUCACUGGUGUCCAUGGAUUACAUGAAAUCUUUCCACCUUUAUCCACCUUUGUCACGGUAGGAAUAACACGUCAAAGUCAUCUAAGAUAGCACAAGGGUUCAAAAAGAUACGUUUGAUAUCUAAUCCUUCAGAAAUCAGUUCAUUCCUGCUCAACAAACCCCCAUUCCACUAGAUAACUGAAAAGAGGCGGCAGGAUCAUGUUUUUCAUUUGGUGUCACUCAUGUGCCCACCUGGGGGACCUGCACAGGUGUAACCACCUCCCUGUUGGCAUUCAGCCUGCAUGCCUCACCCAAAGAAAAACACAAGGACUGUGCGCUUUAUUGGCCAACAGCAAAUGUGAAGUGAAGCUCGUAACGUGACAGGAAUUUUUUUUUGUAGGUUCCUGAAGUAUCAGAGUUCCUUUGACCAUCACUGUACACACUGUGGGCAGCUCAACACUAACAGAAGAUCUGUAGAAAAGGUGUCUGUUUUACAAAAGCAAGGAUUAUUGGCUCUCCCAUCGCGUCACUGCCGACAGGAUCUGAUAUCUUUGCGACUCUUGAGACUCAACCGGAUUGUAAUUUGAACGUCUAUUAAAAUAAACUUUUUAUUUAAAUCUUAAUUUCAUUCGUCGGCUAAUUUUAACUUGAGCCAAUAAAUUCCUGUUUUCUUUUUUUCCAUAAGCCGUUUUAAAGCUGUGAUUAUGCUUGAAUCAUUUAUCUUCUUGCAUAUUUACAACCCCUUCGAUCAGCAGCAGGUUCUUUAUAAUUGUACGUGGUUUUACAUUUUUAAAGCUUUCAAGUCUGUCAGGUAUUGUUUUCUUUGUAAUAAAGAUCAUGCAGGAAAUGCC